AUGGGUACUCCUAUUCUCAGAAACGAUCUCUGCCAAAAACAAUACAUGAGUACUCCUAUAAAGAAGUCAGAUUUAGGGAAGGGGUACAAUGCAGGCUCAGUUUCAAGGAGCUCCUCUCUCAAUAACAGUCGAGGGACUUCGGAACGUGUUCCAUCAUACAAUAGUGAAACUUUCCAUUACAUCUCCACGAGUUCUCCGAAGGCCAGUAUGUUAGGACCACGAUCUAGAAAUCCAUCUAGAGCUCCUUCAAGACAAGCAUCAAGAGAUAUUUAUCCGCCGCCACCUCGUGGAUCUGGACUCUCUACACCACAGCACAAGUCUUUUUCAAGGAGUACUUCCCGAUCAUCGUCUCGACUUUCUCUCUCCAGCAUCUCGUCCACAGGAACACAAAUAGCCAGUGCAACAUCUAGUAUCGAUUCACCAUUUUCUAUGCACACAGUAUCCGAGUCUCGAGUAUCAAGAAUCAAAGUAAGUGUGAGGCCCAAACCGCUUUCUUUUUCAAAUAAUGUUUCCACUCCUUGGGUGAUUAAUUGCCAGCAAGGACAGAUCGUCAAUGAUGAGAUAGGAUGCUUUCAGUACGAUCAUGUAUUUUCACCAUCCGAUUCAAACAGUGAUGUUUUUGAUGUGGUGGCGGCGCCAGUUGUAGAAAAAUGUCUGCAAGGAUUUAAUGGAACCGUCUUUGCAUAUGGUAUGACCGGAUCAGGAAAGACUUACUCGAUGAAAGGAGUUUUGCAUGAUUCUGCGAAAAUCUUGUUUAACAACUUAGAUAACUCAAAGGUUACAUUAAGCCCUGAUCGAAUGGAUCAAGAUACACACUCAUGGAACAAUGAUGACGGUGGUUCUCCUGAUUCAAAUAUUUUCCACGAUGAUACCAUAUUGGCAAAUGGUAGAUAUAAAGUGAAGUACAUGACAUGCUCUAUUUUAGAAAUUUACAAUGAAAAGGUGAAAGACUUAUUAACUACCAAUGAUGAAGUUGCUAACAAGAGUGAUCUUAAAAUCAUUGACGAUUCGAAAUUUGGAAUCAAAGUAUAUGGUUUAAAAGAGGUGAAGGUGCAAUCACGAGAUCAUUUCUUUGAAUUAAUCGACCAGGGUGAAAAUGUACGGAGUACCGAUGCUACCGAUUAUAACUAUACAUCUUCACGUUCACAUUUCAUAGUAACGCUAAAGUUGUGUCUAUUGGAUCACGAUGGCUUAGACGUAAUUUCCGUAUUAAACUUCUGUGAUCUAGCGGGCAGUGAAAGGGCAACAUCUCACAUAGACAGACGAAAAGAGGGAGGUUAUAUCAACAAGUCAUUAUUAGCAUUAGGCACAGUGAUCACUAAACUUUCUGAGAGUAAUGGCAGCUCCAAUGCACAUGUCCCUUAUAGGGAUUCCAAGCUAACGAGACUCCUACAGCCUUCAUUAAGUGGAGAUUCGAUGGUCUCAAUUCUUUGUACCAUUCACUUGGGGGCAAAUGUGAUAGGAGAGACUACUAAUACCCUUCGCUUUGGUAGUAGAGCCAAGAAUGUUCUAAUAAACGUUAGGAAAAACAUUGGUGAAAUUGAUACAAACAAGUUAAUACAAGAAAACGAAUCAUUGAAGCUUGAGAUUGAAGAACUGAGAUUUGUUCUCGACGGAAAUGUGAAUUCUACAUCCACUAGCUGCACAUUGGUGAAUAACGGAAACAACGGGAUGGACAUCCAUGGUGAUGAGGUGUAUUAUGAACUAGUUGCAGAGAAUAAUAUUUUAAAUGAACAAGUGGAGCAUCUGAAAAGAUUGAACAUGGAGGAGAGUUUGAUCAGAUCAAACGAAAUGGACGAAGAUCUACAAAAUUUGAAUGAGUUACUCAAUGGCUUGAUCUUGGACACGCAAACACGUAGGCAAGGUGUUGCUAUAUUAGAGCGUUUAAAUUCAAAAAUCCAAGAGGAAAGGCACAGAUUUGACGAGACAGAGUCAUAUGUGAGUCAUCUUGAAAAUAGAAUACGUUCAUACGAGAUAGAAAUGGCAAGGUAUAGGCAAGACGGUGAAAUCGGCGCAAACAAAUCGGCUUCCAUAUUGGCAAGCAAAGUUACUAGGCCUGCAUAUAAUACCCAACAGGAGCUGAUUGACGAACUAAAAGAAGAGAUUGACGAGCUUAAGCUAAGCAUGCAACGGAAAGAUGCUGUGAUUAGAGCUCUGCAAAGGGCAGGGAGAUCUUGA